AAUUGGUCGGAAAAGUUCAGUCGAUUACAGGACCUCGAGCAGACUAGUUGGAAAAACUUUCCGAAGCGCAACGAUAGAAAGCCUUACAUAAUGGAUGGAGAGAAUUCACAAAAGUGGAAAAAGGAGUGUUCUUAAUUGAAUGAUUUUGUGGCCAAUUUACGGAUUUGAGUUUUGUGUUCUGAAGUGAAAAAGUUUGAAUUGUAAAGUUUUAGUGAUGGGAUAAUUUUGAAAUAGAAGAAUGUGUUAAUUUAUUGGGAAAUGACAAUUCAGCUACGGAAAUGAAUCAUUGCAGAGUUAAAUUUGAAAUUGCAACUGACAAAAUGGAGCACGCUAUACAUACAUCGAUCGGGCGUUAAUUACCACCUAUAGCUUUACAAAAGAAACAAUUGUUGUUAAUAAAGUGAGGCAAUCAGUCACACCACAAAAGAAAAGCGUAACUCAUAUCGCCUUCGUAUCAAACCCGAACAAAGAAGUCAUCACGACAUAAGCUUCCACCGGUGGCGGAUGAAAUUCUAUAGCAUCGUAGACACAAAACAGGAUAAUCGUUUCCAGUUAACUACCAACUUACGACUAUCGCUCACACCUAUUGCUCGUUAAGGAUUGCGUGUGGGUGUGUCGAGUUGUAACAAGGUCCGACCCCGGGGGGAAAAAGUGCUUUAAUUGAUACGAUUGACAACAGUCAGUGCAGGAGAUGGCCGAACAACAGCAACGUGAUUCACUGUGCCCACGGCUGAUUGACUAUUUGGCGAUUGUGGGCGCCCGGUCGGCGGUCGUCACACGUCCAAGUGCCGGCAAUGCGCCAGCGGGAGGAACCGGAAGCGCCCCGGGAGGAAUGCAUGGAGCAGGACCAAACUCGGCGCCACCCGUGCAGAUUCCGGAGUUACUACGACGCUACCCGCCCACGGAUCACGCGGAUUUCCCCCUCCCACUGGACAUGGUGUACUUUUGCCAGCCUGAAGGUUGCGUCAGCGUGGGCCCACGAAGGACAGGGUCAGCGGUGCGGGAUGCGACGUCAUUCGUGUUCACUCUCACCGAUAAGGAUUCGAGCAAAACGCGAUACGGUAUCUGCGUAAAUUUCUACCGUCCGGUAGAGAAAUAUGUGGCUGGUGUUGGUGGAACGGGUAAUCUUUCCGGGAGUCGGAAGGGACGUAAUUCGACCUUCCGACGGGAAUCCUGGAGGAAAAGUAUGGAGAAGAGCUCGGACUCGGCCUUUUCCAGUGACUACAGAAGUAGCAAUAUAGCACCGAGUGACUCGUCCGACCGAGAUUGUCCCAGCCGGCGAGAUUCGGAUCCUCCGAAUUCGAUAUAUCAUGGUUCACAGCAGCAGACGAGGCUAGGUGUGACGGGUCCUUCGGCUGAUUCUGAGUCCGGCGGAAGUCACUCUCCGUCGCCUCGAGCAUCCAGAAAGCGAUCGAAAAUUCGAAGUCAUUCACUGACAUCGCUGUGCAUCCUGUCGCACCAUCCGUUCCUGUCGACCUUUCGGGAGUGUUUGUUCAUACUGAAGAAGUUGAUAGACGCCUGUAAUGAUGCUUCCAGUCCGAAACGGGUCGGUGCUUCGCGCCAAAGUGGCAAAGAUAGUGUGUGGAACGUGCUAACUAGUCAGGCCACCGAAUCGACGCCGUCGGUUGUGCUACAUGACGUGAAAGAAAUAGAGACGUGGAUUUUGAGACUGCUCUCGGCACCGGUUCCAGUUCCUGGGUCUACCAGGGUAGAGGUUGAAAUUCUUUCGCCGGUUAUCCAUCAACCGUUGGCGUUUGCCUUGCCUGAUCAUACCCGUUUUACGCUGGUGGAUUUCCCGUUGCAUCUUCCAUUAGAGCUCCUAGGUGUGGACACUUGCCUUAAGGUGCUAACCCUUAUCCUGCUGGAGCACAAAAUCAUCAUCCAAUCGCGGGACUACAACGCCCUAUCGAUGUCAGUGAUGGCUCUCGUGCACCUAAUCUACCCGUUGGAGUAUAUGUUUCCUGUGAUUCCGCUGCUACCGACCUGUAUGGGAAGUGCCGAGCAGUUACUGCUGGCUCCCACUCCCUAUAUCAUCGGACUGCCAGCUACGUUUUUAAUGUAUAAGAAAAAUUUCCGACUUCCAGAUGAUAUUUGGUUGGUCGAUCUGGACUCAAAUCGGCUAACGCCAGCCUCUGGCGAACCCGAGCAAGUUCCACCACUUCCCGAACCGGAAGGAACCAUACUCAAGAAUCAUUUGAAACAGGCUAUGCAACUAAUGGAUCAGGCAGGAGUUGGUGCUUUAACUUCUAUGACUACAAGCAAUCAAGCUAGCACGGUACCAUCUGGCCUCAUAGUCAGCCAACCGGGUUCUAACCGUGAAAGCUUCAGUGGACCAAACAUUCCCCCUCAAACCUUCCCUCAGCCUUUACAAGUGCCAGGAUCAGCAAGCAAUAGCCAACGGAGCUCGUUCUCGGGAGCGGCUGGAACACCCCGUCAACCCAGCCCCGUUGGACCACCCCAACCGAAUCCCUUCCUGUACGGUACUGACGUGGAUUCGGUGGACGUUGCGACCCGGGUCGCAAUGGUGCGAUUUUUCAACUCGCAAAACACACUCGCAAACUUUACGGAGCACACCAGAACUCUGCGGCUCUAUCCGCGGCCAGUUGUGGCGUUCCAGAUCAACAGUUUUCUUAGAUCUCGACCUAGAGCUUCCGCCUUUCUCAAUCGCUUUGCACGAACGCAAGCUGUCGAAUGGUUGGCCGAAUGGUCACUGACGCCCAAUAAUGUGGCUUUCUUGAGAGUGCAGACUGGUGUCUUAGACCCGGCUCAAGUUGGCGACAAACCAAAGUGGUACGCACAUACACUAACUCCAAUCAAGUUCCCAGUGUGGGAUAACACUGGUUCGUUGAAUGGCGCCCUCAAAGGCAUGCAACAGCUCGAAAGCCAGCCUACAGAUGAAAGUGGAUCAGAUUCAGAGAAUGCAGAGAGCACCAGUUCGUCGUACUCUUCAUUGAGUGAUUUCGUUUCUGAAAUUGCGUCUUCGGAUCUAUCUCCAAGUUUACAUGAUGUCUACGGAAAUCAACAUCACGUGCACGUUGCUCCUAAAACCUUAUCCUCAAAUCUCGAUCCGAAGCUGGUGUAUCGGCCACCGAGUUCACUGCGUUACCCAGAGGGUAUGAAACCUCCACAACCGGAAGCAGAUGAUGCCGAUCGACCGGACUCUCCGACAUCUACAUCGUCAAGCCGAUCGGAUCUCAGCAGCCCUCCAGAUUCGGAAUGCGAGUUCAACCCAAAAGCAAGGGCCGAGAUGCAAGCGGCUGCUAAAGCAGCUAAAGAGCAGCAGGGCAGUUUUGAAAACGAAUCUGAUUCCAAUUCGACUACUACACCCAAGACUAUCGUAUCCAAAGAAAGUAGUGGUUCCUUGGAUGCGGAGGGGAAGCGCAACCGACUAGGGAAGAUACCACCUCCAUUGUCGCCGAAUCUGGGACGUCAGCAAAGCGGAAGUAAUAUUCUAGCCAGAACUUCCAGUUCGGGAUCAACGGGUUCAAGCGGUCAUCCACCAUCACUGGGCUCGGCGGGAUCCCAGCGUCAGAGCUCCCAAGGAUCCCUCUUCGAAGUGCUGACUUCACAGGCUAAGGAGUUGGUGCGUGAAACAACCCGACAGAGCAGUCAAGAUGGUUUGCUAGCUCAUGUGGACAAGUUCAAAGAACAAGCCAAAGAGUUGAAGGAGCAUGCGGAAGAGGAAAUCAAAAUACUCGCACCAUUAGAGCAGCUAACUCUACAAGCAAAGAAAGCGGCUGAGGAAGCAUCCAAGCAGGCGUUGGAAGCAUCAAAGCAAGCGGCUGGAGUUAGCAAGAACACCCUUGAUGAUCUGACCUACGUUGGAAAAUCUACAUUCGGUGAUCUAACGAAGACAGCCAAAGAAGCGGCAGCUAAAAAAGGCUUACUGCAUCAAGGCAGUCAACAAAGUUUACAGAAUCAGCCGACUGUGUCGCCAUCUGGAAGCGCUGUAGCUACUACGAAUCAAUCGCUGUUCUCAUCAAUCACCAGUGAUUUCAAUGGGAUUGCUCAAUCGACUUCCAGUAUGUUUUCGGAUUUGUUCGGAAACAAGCCAAGUAAACAAGCAACUCAACAGCAGGCACGAACUGCUGCCGGCAACAUUCAGCCUAACCUCAAUCAAAAACAGAGUAAAAUCAAGGAUAAACUGUCGUUCGACCCAUUCCCUGGUCGCAAGGGCUUAGUGGAACGUACUCCAUUGAUCAAGCACUCCGGGCCGAAGCAAACCCAGGAAGAAAUCCAGCGAAUACAGAAUGCCGAGCGAUCGUCGAGUAAUUCCGAAAAUCAAGCAUUCCUGAAGGACUUGGUCAACCAGGUACUCGCGGGCGAGGGGGUUGGUUGGCUAAAACUGAACCGUUUGAAGAAACUGAUGGAGGAUGAAUCCUACAGGACGUUGGUGUUGGGGAAAUUGAACAAGACUUUGGAACGGAAGAUCGGGCCAGACGAUCACAUAGAUGAUGUGUGCAUAACCAAACCAGUGUACAAAGGAACGCUUAAAUGUUUGUUAGCAAUAACACACGGGCUGGAAAAUACGGUUUCCAACUUCGGACUCGGAGGAAUGGCGUCGGUGUUUCAAAUGAUGGAAAUUGCCCACACGCACUACUGGAGUAAGGAUCUGUCGGAUAAUACGACAGACCUGUCAGCGAGUUUGCUGUCUAGUCGGUCUGUCAGUCCCAUGGGAAGCCGGGAAAAUCUCCGUUCGCCUCCAAGCCCUUCCGAGCCGGGUGACUGGAACUCGGUCGUAGGCUCCCGCAAAAAUUCCUCCGUGCUGAAUGAACCUGUGAUAUCGCGUCGACCUUCGGAGAAUGACAACGAGAAUCAAUCUACGACCGAGAUGUUCAAGGAUAUGCUAACUCAGAAACGAAACAUGCUGCUCAGCAAACUCACAUCGUUCGACUCAGAGCCUGGCGGUGGAGUUCACGGAUCAUCCGGUGCGCUGUCCGUGGCCAGCGAUGUGCUACCACAGCAACAAACCGGUGGACCGUUGAUACCAUCGAUCUCUUGUCGAUCGACCGUUUCCGAUACGGAGUAUGAGAAACAUCCAAAGGGAUCAUCAACUCUCAAAGACGCCAAAAAGAUGGCUGGUGGUUUAUUCACCGGUAAAUCAUCGCUCAGUGCGGGCUUCCGCUAUACCGGUGGCAGUCUGAUUCCGACAUCGAACUCGCCUUCUCCGGAUGCUCCACGGGUUUACCUUUUCGAGGGGCUACUCGGUAAAGAGCGAUCAAAUGUAUGGGAUCAGAUGCAAUUUUGGGAGGACGCAUUCCUAGAUGCCGUCAGCCAGGAACGGGACAUGAUCGGCAUGGAUCAAGGUCCGGGUGAGAUGAUGGAGCGGUACAAAUCACUCUCGGAGUCGGAACGUAAACGGCUAGAACACGACGAAGAUAGGCUUCUGUCCACCAUGUUGUACAAUCUGACGGCCAUAUUGGUGAUGCUAAACUGCAAUAAAUUAGAGAUCAAACGAAAAAUUCGGCGACUGCUAGGGAAAAGUCACAUAGGCUUCAUCUACGCUCAAGAGGUCAACCUUUUGCUCGAUCAGAUAAACAACUUGCACGGCAACGACAUUGAUCUCAAACCAUUGGGAUCACGAUUGCUGCACCGACAGAGUUUUACCGUACACCAAGGAGUGGAUGCUACCGGGCCAUUGCGAUUCAUGGAAGUUCGGGACGAUGGGCUGGUACUGCGAUCGGUCAACGGAACGAUCGUUGAGCGGUGGUGGUUUGAACGUUUGGUCAAUAUGACAUACUCACCAAAGACGCGCGUUUUGUGUCUCUGGCGCCGCAAUGGAGGUCAAACGCAGCUGCACAAGUACUACACGAGGAAGUGCAAAGAACUGUACGUUGCCAUCAAGGAAGCGAUGGAGCGAGGAGGUUGUACCGGACAGGGCCCUGAAUUGGGUGGUGAGUUUCCUGUGCAGGAUCUUAAUUCUGGCGAGGGAGGACUUAUGCAGAUUUGUCUAGAAGGUGUUGGGCUUUUGUUUGCAAACAGCAAGGACUUUGAGUUCUUCAUUCGACUGGAGCACAUAAGGAAAUGUUUCACUCAGAAGGGCGGAGUUUUCAUACUGGAGGAGUACAAUCCAAAAACGCGUCAGCUAAUCCAGCGGAAAUUUAUGUCUAAUCUGGCUGAUGACAUAUGCUACUCGGUGCUGUGCGUUUUCUCGUAUGUGGCUGCCGGGCAAGAAUGGCAGAAAAAAUACCCGGCCAUCACGCUGGCCGGUCCCGCAGUGCAUGGAACCCAACAGGUUGUUUCACUGACGACUACGACCGCUCAGCAGCAGCAGCUAGUCACCCAACAGGCACCUCCGGCAACAAAACUCACCACGCAACCUGUUCAACCUCCAACGCAGAGCAAUCAAAAAGUACAGCAAACGCAUCUGCCGCAGCAAACUUCCCCCAAAUUGCAGACCGUUAUCAGCAAACCUAUCCCGCAGCAACAGCAAAUCCAACAACAACAACAGCCAACUCAGCGACCUCAACCGCAGCAACAACCUCCACCGGUUAGCCCUGUACCGCAGUUGAAGCAACCGCCAUCUCUUCCCGCGCGACCUUCAUCAUCAUCAUCUUCAUCGUCGUCAGUCACUUCCUCAACGACAUCCGCGACCUCAUCGGAACCACCCAAAAUGAAAGCCCCCGUUCUUCCAUCGUCUGCUGCACCGACUGGCCCUACCGGACGACUUCCCCAGCAAUCAUCCCUCCCAAAUCGUGGUCCACCUCCAGCCAUUCCUCCGCGGAUUGGCCUUGGCCAGCGAUCCGGUUCGGUGCAGAUACCGUCCAGUUCAGCUGGCAGUGCCCAUCAGAUACGGCAACUCAAGCGCCAGCAGUCUGCCGCAUCGCCACCCAAUCAAUCCUCGUCGCCACCCCAUUUUCCACAGCAACAGCAGCAUCAUCAACAGCAAUUCCCUCAGCAAAGGCAAAAUUCCAGAGGAUCAAUCAAUUCACUUCGAAAGAAUUAGGCAUUGUUAGGCGUCUUUGGAUAGGAUUUGACGAUGGGUUUGUUAUGAAUUUGAAACUGAGGUUAAGGUGAAUGUUAUGGAUGGGAUUUUUUAUUUCCUUUAUAAGUAUCAUUUCAAGCAUUAUGUUCCACGGUGUGCCAGAAACCGUUAUUAACGCAAAAAAAAUGUCCAAGGAUUUGGCACCUACUUUUUGAAAGAUAUAGUAUUCAAGCAUCUCCUCCGUGAAUUUGAAAAUAUUUCAACGAGAGAAUCGAAAGUUAUCUUGAUAGUCGGCGCCGGAAGUCGGAAGUAGUCUGCGCCGAUAUUGCUUAGUACAGGAAAUGAGAAUUCCAUUACUUACACACUGAAGGUGG